CAGGCACUGGGGUCAAACCUAAAGCAGUGGGUCGGCUUCCAAGGCUCCCAAUGGAAAUUGAGUUGUUUGUGGCUGAUUUGAAGGUACAGAGUGCCUCAUUUUCCUGAGCAGAAGAUUGCCUGUAUCUCUAAAGUUCUUCCUUCAGAUUCCCUGAGCUGCUGUCGCCUGGAUGCUUGCUCCUGUUGGAAUAUGAUGUGCCCACCCAAACCAAGUUAGUCUGUCUCUCCUUCCUUGGGUUUUUUGGUUUGGUUUUGUUUGGUUUUUUUCUGUUCUAUCCGGUAAACUCUGUGUGUCUGCGGUGACCUCCCACAGGAGGAGUAAGAAUUCCUUCAUUGACCAUCAUGUUCCCCCAGCCAGGAGCAAUUUCUCUAAUCAGUGGAGAAAGCCCCAAAAUACUCAUUUCUCUCUUUCUGUGCAAGUGACCUAAUGUUCCAACUUGUACAAAAGGUGACAUCUUCUCCAAGGUGGAUGAAAGUGGGGAGAGUCUUGGGACUCUCAAAGAACACUGAGAUACUUCUGAGUUAUGUGGUCAGAGUUGUCGCUCUGGCUACUUUGGGUACUGUCCCUGGAAAAGGCUGGAGCUUGGGGACUUGCCUGCCUGUAGCAUUUUUGUGCUUGCCUCUUAGACUUUGUGAUUUGCCCAUUUUGAGACCCUGGAUUCUGCCCUGGGUUGUGCAGAUACGUGCGUUCUUUGGGUAUGGAACAGGCGUUUUGAUAUCGCCCAGUUCCAUCAGACAGAACAGGAACUGAGCCUUAAUUUUGAUUUCACUUAAGCGAGAGAGAAAGGAUGUUGAUUUACAUCAAAGGAAGUGGCAACAUGAGUACAGAGCUGUCUGUAUGUUUUCAUUAAGCCUGUGAUCCCUGCAAUCAACAAAAAGCACUAAGUGGCUUUUAACUUUGACAUAGGCAAUAGUUAAAGCAACUCUCAGGAACGGGAAUUGCUCUGGAGGUCCUGGUCCUUGUCCGCACCCAAGGUAGGUGCUUAAAGCUUGAUGCUUCAGGUACCCUGUAAGCAGUUGGUUCCUCAUCAGUCUGAGGAUUUAGUAAUUAUUAUGAAUAUAUAUAUAUAUAUUUAUAUAUGUAAGGUAUAUAAAUACCUUAUGUAGAAACUUAAUACUGCAUUUUUGCUUUUUAAAUUUUGCCAGAUAACAAAUUUUAUUUAAUUUUGUGCAUUCAGCUUCAGACUAAUGCAUGCUCAAGUUUAGCAUUCUCUGCUUAAAUUGGGAUUAGCUCUCUGAGGUCUGUGAUCUCAGCUCUGUUGGCCAUCGGGGCAAGUACAGUAGAGUUUUGGGGAUCAGGGUCGGAGUUGGUCAGAUGUAAAAAGUUGACUUCUCCCACAAAUUCUUGCAAUUUAUGCAUAGUUCUGAAAUGCACAGUGAUUACAAAAAUCAAUCUUGACUUAAGGAAAAUGCUUCCUGGGUAUCUGUAGUACGGCAAAGUAGUUUUGUUGUGAUUUGGAAUUCAUGCUUCUGUGUGAUACUCUAUUUCAAAAAGAAAUUUAAAGUUUCUUGUUUAAUCACUAAUAGUUCAGGAUUACAGGAAGUCCUGUGGUUGUUUUUCGUUUGGUUUUUGGUGUUUGUUUGAUUUCUUUUUUUAAUAGUAACAGGUCUGCUUUAAUUAGAAAGGCUGUAAUGCAGAUUAAGGCAUUAGGGAAACUGGAAUCCUCCCAUCUCAGUGAAAUUACAAGAGUGCUGGGAGAACCAUUUAGAUAAUCAAAAUUGCAGAACGUUUCAUUAAGGCAUGCGCAGUUGGUCGUAGUAGGAUAAAUGCUCAAAACCUAAACUCAUGAACUUUUGAGCCCCAGCAGAUGAUUCUCUUUCCCAGAGCAGUCUGUGAUCCAGGCAGCAGAUCCUGCGAAUCUUCGCCUGGACAGACCUGGUGGGAAUAAAAGUUUGAAAGUUGUUUUUUUGGAGCUCCUGUUUUUUUUUUCCUGUCGAAGAUGGCCUUUCUAAUGAAAAGUAUGUUGAGCAACCAGGUAAAGAAUUUGGGCCUUGGAGGUGGAGGGGAAGAAAGCAAAGAAGAAAGCACCCCUUCUGAUCCGGCGGCAGCUGCAGGGAUGACCAGGGAGGAGUAUGAGGAGUAUCAAAAGCAGAUGGUUGAGGAGAAGAUGGAAAGGGAUGCGGCAUUUGCACAGAAAAAAGCGGAGCGAGCCUGUCUGAGGGUUCACCUGAGAGAAAAGUACAGACUCCCUAAGAGUGAACUGGACGAGAAUCAAAUACAGAUGGCUGGAGAUGACGUGGGUUUACCAGAAGACCUUCAGAAGAUGGUGGCAGAAGAUCAGGUGGAGGAGGAGGACAAGGACUCUAUCCUAGGGCAGCUGCAGAACAUCCAGAAUAUGGACAUGGAUGCCAUCAAAGAAAAGGCACAAGCCACCUUCACUGAAAUGAAACAGGCUGCUGAGCAGAAAUGUUCUGUGAUGUAGGAGAGACGCCACCAUCCAAGGGCUGUGAAUUCGGUCCUGUCUCACCAGGGCUGCAGAGCGAGGGCAGGCAAAGGAAUGCACUUAGCUCUAGAGCACUAAAUGUAAAUAUAGAAAAGCCAGAGAGAGAGAGAGAGAGACUUUAAAACCCCAAAGCGGGGGGUGGCAAAAUUUACGUUCUGUGGCUGCUUAGUGCAAAGUUAAUACUAAUCCUCAUUUUUUUAACAUAACAUUUUUCCCCAUGGAAAAAAAAAAAAAGGCUUUGAAAAGCUAAUAUUGGGGAAAAAAUGUGCCUUUUUCCAUUUUUUCAAAGCAAUCAAAAUGCUAUUAAAUGUGUAUUUUUUAGUAAAAUUGUGUUUCUGAUGGCUAACAUAUAGGUAACCACUCAUUUAAUACUGCUUGCAGAAAUAAAUGCAUAUAUUUCUAAUAGAAACACAUCUGUUUCAAACAUUUUGAAACAAACCCAGUAUUCAAAUGUUGGCAUUUUCUGCAAAAAUCUUUUUUUUUUUUUUUAAAAAAAAAAAAAGGGUUGGGCCAUCUCUGUACUAAAUAUAGCAAAAGGCAAAAAGUGAAGUGUGUAACUCUACACGAUAGGAAAAAAACGCCGCUGUAGGCAGGACGGAGUGGAGACUUAUAGGAAGCCAGGGCCCGGGAGCUACCAGCGAUCCGUGGUCAGUCGGCAGCACAGGCUGCUCCAGGCUGCUUCAACUUCACAGCCUUCAGGCGCCGGGUGACAGCAGUGGCCCUCUGCCUAGCUGCUACAUGUGCCAAAUCCUGGGGCUCGGGCUACCGGCAAGCAACUUGCACAGGCCAACAUGAGCUCACCAUGUUUAUUCUAGGAGUUUUCUCCAUGUAAGGCUAAACAUAAAUCUGGCCCACCCUGGGAAAAAUUAUGGCUUUCGCUGUGCUAAAUCCAACUGAAUCUGUGGGACAGGAGCAGUCACCUCCACCGGGCCACCAUGGGACAGCAGAGGUCACCUCCACCAGCCCUGUGGAGCUGGGCCCAGCGGUUAAGGCAGCGGGGGCAUCAGCCUGUCCCCGCACUUGCACAGCCACAGUAACUACCACACACUGAUAACCCACACAGAUGCUGUGCAGCCCUUGUGCGUGGGUGAUGUACACGGUGCUGCUCCUGAGGAGCUCAGGUAUCCUGUAACAUGAAGGACUUCAUAAGUUCUCCAAGAGCUAGUCUGUAAAUGAAAUUUGCAAAUGAACACAUGUAGCACCUUCCUACAGGUUUUUAAGUCUCUCUUUCUCUCUGUCUGUCUCUAUCUCCACCCAGUCAAGUAAAAAUAUUCAUUUUAAAUGAAUAAAUACA